AUUGGAUGUACCAUGACCACCUGAUUACCUUUUCUCUCUCUAAACAGCUCAACAAAGCAGCAAGAAUGAGCUCUUGUUCUGGACGAGAAAAUGCCAAAGUUGUAAUUGUAGGUUCAGGUUUUGCAGGGUUGGCCGCUGCAGCCACGUUGGUGAAGGCAGGAUUUGAAAAUGUCCUGGUCCUUGAGGCGAUGGAAAAAAUUGGAGGUCGAGUGCACACCACUAAACCCUUCACCGAGAACAUCAUUGAAGUUGGAGCGAACUGGAUCCACGGACAGAAAGGAAACCCCCUGUUCAAGAUUGCGAAAGAGGAGAACCUGCUAUGUGAGGGACCUUCUGCUUCCAAAAACAUGUGCCUGCCCCGUUCUGUAACCCCUCGAGAUUACUUUUUCAAAGAAGAUGGGAAGCAGGUCUCCACAAAGCUUGUAGAUCAGGUGUGUUCGCACUUCAGCAAGCUCACCGACAAAGCUUUUGAUGAUGAACUCAAGCACAAGCAUAGGAAACUAAGUCUGGGUGCUUAUCUGGAUGAUGCCUUCGGUGAAUUUCCUCUAGUGGCGACAGAAGAUGGCCAACAAGUUUUUGAAUGGUGCAAGAGGACUGAAUGCACAGACGAGGCUUGCUCUAGCCUCUAUGAGGUGUCUGCAUCUCAGAUUAGCUAUUACACUGCUUUAGAGGGAGGAUUUUUUAACACUUUGGGACCCGGUGGCUAUCGAGCAAUCUUAGAUGUGCUCCUGAGAGAUCUACCUUCAGGAUCCAUCCAGUGUAGUGCACCUGUCAAGAGCAUCCGAUGGGAUUUGGUAAGAAAAGGCCAUUGUGAAAACCAAAGGUAUCCUGUUCAGGUCGUUUGUGAAAAUGGACAGAGCUUUGAGGCAGACCAUGUGAUUGUCACCGUUUCUCUCGGGGUUCUCAAAGACAAAGCCUCAACCAUGUUUGAACCACCCUUACCAUCAACAAAGCUGUCUGCAAUUGAGAAUCUCGGCUUUGGGAUAGUAGACAAAAUAUUCUUGUUUUUUGAGAAGAGUUUCUGGCCAGAUGACUGUGUCGGGGUGCAGGUGGUGUGGAAAGAGGGGCCUGAAGAUAAAGAUGUUUAUGAGUCUCUGUCUGAAGGAGAAGCCUGGAAAAAGACGUGGUUCAAGAAGAUCACUGGUUUUGAUACAGUGGCCCGCCAUCCCACGGCCCUGUGUGGCUGGAUCACAGGUAGAGAAGCUCUGUAUAUGGAGAAUCUUCAGGACAGUGAAAUAGGAGAUAUCUGUGUAAGGUUGCUCAGGUCUUUCACAGGUUGGUCAGUGCCAGAGGUCUCAAAAACGUUGAUCUCCAGAUGGGGUUCUGAUUCUUACGUCCGUGGCUCCUACACAUUUAUUCCUGAUGGUGUUGAUGGAGUGAAAGCACACAAGGCAUUAGCGUCACCUCUUCCUCCUAAAGAUAAAUGCAGAGGGAAGAAGCACCUUCAGGUGUUGUUUGCUGGUGAAGCUACACAUGAGAACUUCUACACCACGACCCAUGGAGCGUAUCUCACAGGGGUCAGAGAAGCAGAACGAAUCAUAAGCUAUUACACCAAUUAA